AUGUAUUCUGAUAAUGCAACAAAUUUUGUAGGCCCGAAUCGUCAGUUAAAAGAACUAUACGAAUUAUUGCAAGGAGAUGAUCAUCAAAUUAAAACUACUGAAAUGUUAUCAACCCUAGGCGUUGAAUGGAGAUUUAUACCAUCGCGUUCGCCCCAUUUCGGGGGUUUGUGGGAAGCCGGAAUAAAAUCCAUGAAGUAUUUGUUGCGUCGCGUACUGGGCGAUGCUCACCUUACUUAUGAAGAGUUAUUAACUAUACUUACACGUGCCGAAGCCUGUCUAAAUAGUCGUCCCUUAACUCCUAUUUCAUCAGAUCCAAAUGAUUUGAUUCCUUCAGCUCCCAGCUACUUCCUUAUAGGAGAUUCUCUAAACGCUAUACCAGAAAUCGAUGAGACAUCGGUGCCAAUCAAUCGUCUAAAUAGAUGGCGUCGAGUAUCCCAAUACUCUCAAAACAUAUGGAAAUGA